GUUUCUGGGAAGACGGGCUCAUUUUUCCGUCGCGCGUGAUGGCAGCGCAACAGAGGCAGAGAAAGCGUUUGACGAGGAGAAAGCGCUCGAAGUUGGCCCCUGCUGUUUUGUUGACUCCGACGAAGCGGUCUUCCAAGAGGAAGGAAAAACUGGAAAUUAUUCUUUAUGACUUGCUGUUGUGCUAGAUGCUGGGUGCAUCCACAUGCAGUUGUUGAAGGGACAUAUAAAAGGGUAGAAUAAUUAUGCCUAGUAUAUUAUAGCAAGGCAUAAUUAUGUGGCUCAUGUCAGGACUCCUCCAAAAAGGCUUCAAGUCGUGCUGAAGAACAUUGGCGUAAAUACCCACGCAACAAUUCUUAUAUACUUGUUUAUUAAGUCAAAUUCUUGUAAUCCAAUCUCCUGACACCUUUU